AUGAAAGCCCAGAAGCACAUUGAGGCUGGGGGCGCCUUCCGAACGGGAUUGCCUUGGGGCCUGGCUCUGCGGUCAGCUGUGACUGCGCUGGCAGAGAAGGCCGCGAAGGCUUUGGGUGCCGACUUCAUACGCAUCGACAUUUUUCCCAAUGGAGGGGCCCCACUCAUCUCUGAGGUAUCGAUCGUGACCGGCUGGUUUGGUCGAGAAAAUCUGAAGUGGGGCGAAGUGGAUGCAUGGUUGCUAGAAAUGCUUCGUGACCAGUGGAUCAGGGGAUACGCUUUGUCUGCAGAGAUCACCAAGUGA